UCCCACAACUAAAGCCUAGAGAAAUUAAAGUAGUCACAAAAUGAAGGCCUUUCAUUUCCUUGCCUUAUUGGCUUUGGCUUUCUCUUUAGCCUCUGCUUAUGACCCUAGCCCUCUCCAGGACUUCUGCGUUGCAAUUCCUGAACCUAAGAAUGCUGUGUUCGUCAAUGGAAAGUUCUGCAAGAACCCAAACCUUACUGUAGCUAAUGAUUUCUCAUUCUCGGGACUCAAUAUUCCAGCAAAUACGCAAAAUCAAGUUGGAUCAAAUGUUACCCUCUUGAAUGUUGAUAGAAUACCAGGACUUAAUACUCUUGGUAUUUCACUUGCUCGGAUAGACUAUGCACCCAAUGGUGGCUUGAACCCUCCACACACUCACCCUCGUGCUACAGAGAUCCUCGUAGUUGUGGAAGGCACCCUUUAUGUUGGCUUUGUCACAUCCAACCCUAAUCGUUUUAUCUCCAAAGUCUUAUACCCAGGAGAUGUGUUUGUAUUUCCAAUUGGUCUCAUUCAUUUCCAGUUUAAUAUUGCAAAAACGCAUGCAGUUGCGUUUGCAGGUCUAAGCAGCCAAAACCCAGGUGUCAUUACCAUAUCAAAUGCAAUCUUCGGACCUAAUCCACCUAUUAAUCCUGAUGUUCUCGCUAAAGCUUUCCAGCUGGAUAAGAAUGUCGUGGAAAAUCUUCAGAAACUGUUUAAGAAUAAUGCAUGAAAGGUCUAUCAGGAUUAGUCAAUGUUUGCCUACUGUUUAAUAAUGGUUUUUAGUUAUGUUUCCUUCAGUGUGGCCAAUAAUUGAGCUUGCAUAUCCUAAUUCAAUAAAGAUGUUUUUUGUGGCGUUUAUAUAUAUUAAUUAAAUA